UUUCAGGUGUCCGGUUCUGUGUUCACCUCGGUGCUGCUGUGAUUUCAACCCCCUGAGGACAGGAGAGCUCUAAAACAGACAGAAACGACAGACGGCCCCCAACGCUCCAGGGUUCUGCCCGGCUCUGGAAAGUCCUGAAAAACACUUUGGACUUUCCGGACUCUGGAGUUUUGACUUUCCUGCUGCUGCUGCUGUCCAGGCUGCUGCAAGCUUCUCCCACCAGGCUCUGGGUUUUCCUGGUGAUGACCUCACUGCUGUUCCCUGGCCACGCCCACGCUGCGAUGAAGGACCUCUCCUCCUCCUCCUCUCCUCUCACCACCCUGCUCCACUACCCUUCCUCCAAAACCUCCAUCGCGCCCUUCUCCCCGUCCGCCGGCCCCGCCCCCUCGCCGGGUCCGCCGCUGUCGGCGGCGGCGUCGGCGCCGCUCUCCAAACCUCAGCCCUUCUGCCUGCAGACGGCGCCGCAUCUCCUCGCCAGCAUGCAGCUGCAGAAGCUCAACUCGCACUACCAGAACCUCACGGGCGCCUCGGCCGGACACCCGGCGCCCGGCGGGGCUCAGAGGGGCUUCGGCGCCUCGCCCCUGGGCGCUGGCAGCCAGCUCCUGGGGCCGUCCGGAGGCCUCGGCGGAGCUGGGAUGGGGGUCGGGAUCGCCGUGGGCAACCAGAGCUCAGGCGCGGGCGGAAUUAUCGACUUCGACCCCGUGGACGAGGAGGUUCUCAUGUCUCUGGUGGUGGAGCUGGGCCUGGACCGGGCCAACGAGCUGCCCGAGCUGUGGCUGGGUCAGAACGAGUUCGACUUCGUGUCCGACGUGCCGGCCGGAUGCUGACCGGCGAGCAGGUGCAGAGGAAUUGAUUGAGAAAGAGAGAGAGAGGAGACUUUCUCUUCCCUGUUUUGUUUUUGCCUCUUUCCUCCCUUUCUUCGGUUGACCAAAACGAGGAAACCGAGGAAGUGAGCGAUGAGGAGAAGGAGACGAGAGACGGACUCUUGUUUCACACUCAACGCGCCGACAGGAGGAAUCGCUGGAGAGAAAGACAUACGAGAGCGGGAACUGUUUUUCCUUUCACUCAAGUCAAGUUUGUUUUUCUUUCCCGCACGGACACUGGCGGUCGAAACCCAGUCUGACGGAGAACAAGAGUUCCAUUGUUCCUCCCCAUCCCGCGACGAUUUCUAUUCCUCCCGCUCGUUUAAAGAAGAAACGCAGAAGCGUGUGAUGAGUCAGGGAGAAGGAGACUUUAUUGCUUCUGUCCUCUUUUCUCAAUCACUCCCUCUCGCAACCGGCGUAAUCCGAACCAGAAGGUUCUGGCCGGAGACGCUCGGCCGGGUCAGUUUCCCUGGAAACAAACAGAUGACAAAGACACACCUGUGGGAGCCUCUUCCCUCCUCCCUCCCUCCGUGCGGUCAGAGCUGAAGGACAGAAAGAAAAACGGGGGAACGGGGAAACUUUUUCGGGGGAGAUCGGCGCAAAGGAAUGACAAACACUGCGUUUCCUGUUUUCUCCACGGACAAUAUUAGACUCUGGUCUCACGGGACAGAGAGACUCCUGUCACAAAGACGCCGGUUGUCUGAGAGCUGCUUAUCUCGACAGUCACUUCUUCUUUUACUUUCUGUCCUUUCUUUCUUUUUUCCUCUGUUUCGUUUGAAUUGAGUUCAACCAGACGCAUUCACAGAACACGUUACUUAAGACGGCGGCUGAUAUCCAUCAGGUCGCUCGGACAACGGGCGCCUCUGUAGCACUUCCCAUCAUCUGUCCCACUCUCUCUGAGCGGUGAUGAACUCGAUCGGGAGAUGAGGAACCUCUCGGACAGCACGGGACCUCGAGGACCAUGGAGGCCUUGUGGUCGUGUACGCGUCGGCGCCUCCUGUUUACGCCGAGGAGACGAGGUCCUGUCAACGCGUGUGUGGACGUGAAAAAAACAAAUGAGCCAAAGCGUCAUAGAUUCAAAUGACCUUCCGCUGCUUUUUUGUUUUUCCUCUUCUGCCACCAGUCACAGUGUUUGCACAACUUGCAGCGCGGCCUUUGACCCCCACACACACACACACACACACACACACUGUCCGGAUGCAGAGAAAGAAGAUUAAAGCUCCAAUCUCCCAGAUGUGCAUCUUUUCAAAGAGGCUACUUAAGCCUGUGGCGAGUUGUGUAUGGUUUUGCAGAUGAGAUAUUAAAAAAACAAACAAGUGAUGAAUUCUUCUUUCUGAAUAAAUAUAUAUGAAAUAUCAUGUUGAGGUGAAUUCUAAUAAUCUAACAUGGAUGAAAAGCCCUGAAUAGGUUUGGAUAUUAUCGUAACAGCGAUUUUCAUUUUCGUACCUUCUCCUUACCGGACCUGCGCGGCGCUGCCAGAUUUGGCGAGCAGUUUUUGAUUUCACGACGACUCUUCUUCGACCAGGCGUUGCUCCAGUGCGGCCGCAGACUGUAGUGGGCGGGGUUUAAACAGCUGACACCUGAUGCCACCUGUGUAGACGGACGACUCUGGCCUUUUAUCCGUGGUGGUAAGAAGAUACAAGGGAGGGGAGGGGGCGGUCGAGAAACAAAGGCCUUUCACCUCGACCCAGCUUGACGUCAUCUUUCUGGACCACCCACUAAAAAGCACACACACCUGUGUACGUGAGGCUGCCACGAACCACCUGCAUGCACCUUAACGUUCAUACAGACAAAAUAUAUAUAUAUAUAUAUGCAGAGCACACAGAGGCCUGGAAAUACAGCAGGGGGGAACGCCGGGAUGGAGUUACCACAGGGAAACGGGAGUCGCCGCCGCGAAACAGGCACUUGUCACGUGUGUGUGUGUGUGUGUGUGUGUGUGUGUGUGUGUGUGUGUGUGUGUGUGUGUGUGUGUGUGUGUGUGUGUGUGUGUGUGUGUGUGUGUGUGUGUGUGUGUGUGUGUGUGUGUGUGUGUGUGUGUGUGUGUGUGUGUGUGUGUGUGUAAAGAGAUAGUGACAAAGAGGCCGAAAAUGUGUGUGUGUGUGUGUGUGUGUGUUAAAGGGGAAACUGUGAUUAGCAGGUGAUCCUUCCAUGUGAAGACAGGUGGUGGAGGAACGACGCACACACACUCACACACACACACACACAAAGUCUGUGAUGUGGACGAGUCUCGGUUUCAGUCGUCGAGCGCGGGACUUUUCCCUCAAUGACACGCGAGAAGCGGAGAUUAAUGAAAAGCUGCCGAAGGAGAAAUUUGACAGAAUCCCUUUUUUCUGUUCGAGGGAUUCGUCUCAGACACAAAGAUGGACGCUCUCUCUCUCUCUCUCUCUCUCUCUCUCUCUCUCUCUCUCUCUCUGACUGGUUCUUCUCCCUCCUCCGUCCCGUCGACACCAGAAAAGGGUCAGAAUAACAAUUCUUCAGAUUCAAGACUCGUCGACCCCUUUUCUUUUUUCCAUCUGCUCAAACGUUGUUGGUUGGGUUUGGCGGUCCGGCCCUAAUCCCCCUCCAGCUGAGCCCAGUGUUAUGUUUUCUGCUGUGUGAACCAGACGAACUCCCCCCCUCCCCAUCCCCCCCCCCCCCCCCCCGGUCGAGAUGCUGGAAUCGUCUGAGGGGUUUUCAUUUCCUCUUUUUCCCCUGAACUGGAUAUUACAGGUUAACCCCCGGGGUCAAACCCUUUUGAACCAAAACACACCUACAGACAGAAACUCCGACCCCUGCAAAGAUAUCCCUCACUCUGGAUUUGAGUUUGGAAAUGAACCGUUGCACUUAAUGGCUGCCGAGGAAAGAAUUUAGUUAAUAUCAAUAUACAAUUUUUUUUUUUAUCACCUGCAAUCAUGACAGAUCAUUUCUGUUUAAGAUGAUUUUUUCUUUCUUCAGCUCAUCUGAAGGCCACGAUUUAUUCCAGUACUGAUUUAUUCCUUAUUUUCCAUCAUGUUUACCAUCAAACCUGUGGAAUAAAAAAAUCUCAUUUUCGUCUUUUUAUUGUCACCUGCCGUUUCUUUCCUUGUGUCUUUUGUUUUUUUUUCACCUUCUUAUGAAGAAAAAUAAAAUAUUAUUCAAGAUGAUGAUUUUUUAAAAGCACUUUUUGAUCACCGUAUAUCUACAGUAUAUGAAUAUGUAAAUGACCGAGAAGAUCAUAUUGAGAAAAUGCUUGUAUUUUUGUUACGCGGCUCUGAAGUUUGGGGGGAGAGAAAUGAAUAAAGAAAGUGAAAUAUUCUGAA